UACACACAGUGAUGUCUAAGUCCAAGCUGAAUAGAACCACCAUCUCGAAAGCGGAGCAACGUGCCGAGUACCGUACCUUCAAGACCGUGUUCCUGUACUGCAUUCUAAUCAUUGUGCUACCAGUGCUGACAUUUUUCACCUCCAAGCAUUUUCUGUUCGAUGGGCUACUGCAGCUGUCCAGUGUUACGAGCAACAUCUAUUCGGCGGUGAGUGCAGUGGUUGCGCUGCACGUGGCCCUGUUUCUCUUUAUCUACAAAGCCUACUUCGCGGUUAGCAACGAUACGCCCGAAUCUCCCGGCAGCCGGGGUGAAAAGGUGUCCCAAAAAGAAGACUAA